CCCCGCGGGGCCGAGCGGCCGCUCCUGCGCUUCCCGGACGCGGCCGGAGCGGGAGCCGAGCGCCGAGCGGAGCACAGCCGAGCGCAGCUGGGCCGCGGGGAGACGAGGAGCUGGACGUGCGCAGUAGGGCGGGCACCGAGCUGCGGGACGAGGGAAAAUCCAGGCCGCUGCUGCGCCCGUAUUCGUGCGGGCCCUCCCGCUUCCGCCGGGGGCUCGGGUGGCCGCAGCAGGUCGGGGGAGGUGCCCGGCUCUGCGCUCGCCCUUCCGAGGAGGUACGGCCGGCCGGUGCGGGCUGCUGGGACGCUGUGCCUGCAGUUAGAGGAGCAGGGGCCCGGCUGCCGGCACCUCGGGAGAUCCGAGCCGAGGUCUUGGCUGCGGCCCCGGUGUUUAAAGCCCUGCCCGGCCCUGCCGCGGGCUCCGAGCGUUUUGCAGUUCAGCCACCGCGCGGUCGGGACAGCGGCCUCGCUGCAGCAGCUGCGGUAGAAGAUGGCAGAAUACUCGAGGAAGUCCUUCAAAGACAGUCUGAGUGAUAUAAAACAACGUAUGAGAGAGAAAAGGACUCAGAAAUGGUCAAGGCUGGGUAAAACUACCCAGUUCUCCACUGUAAAGGCCAAAAGAGCAACCAACAACUCCAACAAAAUUAAGAUUAUUCAAGCAAACAACAAAGAUCUGGCUCUGUCCUUGCAAGAACACAAGCUCAAACUGAGGGAAGCUGAAGCUACCAUUCUUCAGCUAAGGAAAGAGUAUUACAUUUUGAAGGCUCAGAUGUUUGACUUGCAAAGAAAUCAUAGGCUCCAGCAAGAACAAGGACACGUGGAGAACAGACUGUCAGCCUUGAAUGAGAUAAUUUCCAAAGUAUCUCAGAAUUUACUGGACUCAAUCACACUCCUUGGCCCAGCAAAGAAUCUGUGUUCCAUAGACCUAAAUCAAAGAGUGCUUUCUUCUGGUCCUGGAAACAGUUGCAGUGUCACGGGACCAACACGUUCAAUAGAACCUCUAAAGUGUGUUCUUGAAGAUGGUGCUGUACUUCCAAGUGGGAUGGAAGCUGGUGGUGACAGAAAUUCUUUGUCAAAGAUCUUUGUGGAAUCUGACAGUGACAUUUCCUUUACCAAAAUAAUUCCAAGCGAAGGACAGCCAUCUGAUUUUCAUCUGAACAACACAGAGCCAGAGCUGGAAAAUGUUUCUUCAAGUGUAAAGCUUCGAUUUGGUAGUGUGUUACCAAAAGGUGUAUCCACCAGACGUCACUUUUCGACGAUGAGGAACCCUGAUGUAAUUUGUACUGGUGCCUUGGACUGUUUAGAAGUACCUGAUUCAGUAAAAGAACUUUCUGAACAGAAUGAAAUUAGGCUUGAGGAAAGUCUAGAGAAGUGUGCUACAGGAAAUAUAAAUGCAGCUGUUCCUCACUUGAAUGAAAGCAAGAUCAAUUCAGAGCUGCCAUUGAGGCAGAAAACUUCUGAAACUGCACAGCUCAAAUUAAAAUGUAAUUCUGAUCUUAAACAACCGGAGUGUAAAAGCAGAGAAAACCCUCAACAAAGGAAAGAAAAGUGCCAGAAAGGAAAACUGGAAUGGCCACUUACUUCCCAACAAAGACCAGGAAAACUGGGUAAAGAAGCUUCUAAAGAAAAGAAGAAUUUCUUGGGUGGCAUCAAUGAUGCUUAUGACUUUCAUUUGGAAGAGAGUGUCCAUCUUACACCUUUUCGACAAAAUAAGGUGAAUGACAGCGAUACUGAAGUGGAGGAUGAAGAAGACUCAGCUGAAACCAAUACCAUUGAGUCAAGCAGUACUGCAGGUGACUCAGAUGACAGCCUCUAUGAGCCUUACAAGAGUAAAUCAAAGAAAAGGCAAAGUUCAGUAGAUGAGAGCCCUAUGUCACCAAUCCAUCCAAGGCCAAGGUCUAAAAGAUGUCUGGCACAGCGUGAGCAGAAGCUCUGUCAUGAAGAAGAGACUGAAAACAAAUCAAGUGAUAAGUCUAUUAAGCAGCCUUCUGAGCCAUCUCGUGGGCAUCUCUGUGAUGUUACCAAUACAGCUGCAGUGCUCCCCAGCACUGGGGAUGCAGAAAUUGUCCCUGAGGGUGAAGGACCUCAGUCUCCAAAACGCCAGCGGCGAAGCUGUACUGUUACUGUGAACUACAAAGAACCAAGUAUUGUAGGGAAACUCAGGAGAGGAGAUCCAUUUACAGAUACAAAGUUCCUGUGUUCUCCAAUUUUCAAGCUGAAAAAAGACGCUAAACGACGUUCUCGUAAGAAAGAUUCUAUGAAAAUAUCCAAUGAGACAUUGGUUAAUUGUCUUUGAGAUUCUCAGCAAAACCAUGCUUCUGCCAUGAAGAAAGUAAUUUCCUGGAUGAAAUAUUUUGUUGCACAAUGUUAUAUAAAUAUGUAAAUAGUUGUGUGUCUAGUACUAAGGAUAUCCGAUUAAGGGGGCCUGGAUUUGUUCUAGUGACUUAUUUUAAUGAUACUGAUUGAUUACUUUUAUAACUUAAGUGAUUCUAUUCAAGCUCCUUUUGAAUGGAUCUGAGAGUAUAUGAGAAAUCUCUGAUGGGUAAGAUGGUGAAUGUCAUUGUAUGGGUGAAUUUUAGGCACUUAAAAUGUUUUGAGUAGCAAGUAUUUUUAAUAACUGUGUUUGUACAGAUCUUGUUUAUGUGAUGGCUGUAAUUUCAUGUCGAAUCUUAUAAUAAACAUCUUGGUACCUGGAAA